CCCCCACCCGAGCAAACAAACACACACAAAAGCAGAAAGAAAGGGUCUUGCUCAGCAGCAGCAUGGAUGUCUUGGCUAGUUAUAGUAUAUUCCAGGAACUCCAGCUUGUCCACGACACCGGCUACUUCUCAGCUUUGCCAUCCUUGGAGGAAAACUGGCAGCAGACAUGCCUGGAGUUGGAGCGAUACCUUCAGACUGAGCCACGGAAGAUCUCCGAGACCUUUGGUGAGGAUUUGGACUGCUUCCUUCAUGCCUCCUCAUCCCCAGAUGCAGAGGACAAUAUACGGCGGCUGGACCCCAUCCUUUUACCAGUGGAGACGAGUACAUGUGACAAAAGCUCCAGCAUGGACAUGAUCCUCUCCCGUGACAAACUGCUGUCUGAGACGUGCCUCAGCUCGCAGCCCACCAGCUCUUCCACAGAAGGCUACACGGCCGUCAACCAGGCCCAGCUCAAUGCAGUAACCUCAUUAACGCCCCCCUCCUCCCCGGAGCUCAGCCGCCACCUCGUAAAAACCCCACAGACUCUCUCGGCAGUGGAUGGCACAGUGACGUUGAAACUGGUGGCCAAGAAAACUUCACUCAGCUCUGUGAAAGUGGGUGUAGCAACAGCCACUGCAGGGACUAUAAAAGGCGGGCAAAGUGACAGUGAGCAAGGAGGGACAGGCACAGAAGCAUCCCCAGAAAACAAGAAGAGGGUUCAUCGCUGUCAGUUUAAUGGGUGCCGGAAAGUUUACACAAAGAGCUCCCACUUAAAGGCUCACCAGAGGACUCAUACAGGUGAGAAGCCUUACAAGUGCUCGUGGGAAGGGUGCGAGUGGCGUUUUGCACGGAGCGACGAGCUCACGAGGCAUUACAGAAAGCACACGGGUGCAAAGCCCUUUAAAUGCAACCAUUGUGACAGGUGUUUUUCCAGGUCGGAUCACCUCGCCCUCCACAUGAAGAGACACAUCUAAAUAUCAGUCAGCUUGGCAUGGAUGUCAUCUGGGCUAAGUGUUGUGAGAUGAAAGUGGAACUCAAGUUACAACGUGCUACCUUACAGGAGAAGAGAACUUGAUCCCAUAUAAUCCUCUGUACAGGGACCACAUGCUCACAGUGUCAUGCACCCAGCUACACUUCAAUACCUACAUCAGUUCUUUUAUGCCUUGCCCCAGCUGGAUGGGAGAAGAUGCAGGCGAGGAGAUGCUAUAGAGGUGAAGUCAGUGAAAAAGAACAAUUGCUUGCAGUACUUCAUCCCUCUUGGAUUUGUUUCCUGUUUUUGCCAAUGGAAAUCAAAGAAAACCGAGGAGGCUUCCCUGCAGUGGAUGGCAGUAGGAGGGGCUUAUCUAACUUGCUUCUCAGUGCAACUCAGUAGAACAAUAUGUGGUCUUGAAGUUGCAUAUUUGUAGCACUAACUUUCUUUUUAAAUAGACGGGGGAAAAACAAUGACCUAGAAAACCAAAUCCCAGUUUGGUAGCCAAAAUUAACCUCUUGGUUUUUUUGUUCUUUCUCUGAGAAUUCCUAAUGUUCAGUGCAUCAGACUUCUCACAGACACUUUGACCUGUCUUGGUUUUGGUUCUUCUUCCUAGAACUGAGCUAUUGAGAUCCUUUUAAGUCAAUACCAGUGGCCUUAAUGGCAGUAGACUGUGGAGUGACACUUGUGACACAAACAUCCUCUUUUUGGCCUGAGUUUAUGUAGACUUCAUGGAGGAUUAUAUUUUUGUUGGUUGUUUUUAACUUUUUUUCUUUUUUUUUGGCUAUUGCACAACAUAUGCACUAGGGACUCUGGGAGCUGCUGCCAUGAUGGCUAAGUAGCCAAGGGAUAAACCCCUGAGAUACAGCACCUAAUAUCUCUGUAAGCCUCACCUUAUUGCCAUACUAGGACUACUUCUUUAUUUUUUGAACAAAAAACUUUCAAAGCUUGUUUGGAAGCUUAAACCUUUUUUCUCUUUUCUCCACAAACAAGUGAUCUUCAGAACUCCUUGUCUUCACCUGGAUAUCAGUCUGGGACUGGCCACACAGGCAUGACUACAGGAUUCCUUCCACAUCAUGUGAGCAUAUUAGCCACAACCCACGGUGAUUUAGUGGUGAAUUAUGUUGCUUUUUCUUGCAGUUCUUCUAUUAACCAAUUUAAAACAUUACCCUUUUGUUUCUGUAAAGAGCACCUGCAGACAUUUUAAUUUAAACCUGUUUAUUGAGCAUCUUACACACAAACCCCCCCAAGCCAAAAAUCCUACUCCAGUCUCUGAGUAGGAAAUCAAGAACCUCUUCCAAGUACAAUGGCUUCAUUCAGCAUUAGCCUGUUAAAGAAAUUAUCAAAGUCCUGCUUUUCUGUUCAUCAAGUUGAUGCUGUAGCCCACUCCUAUAUGAAAAAAUGUAACCAUGUGAGUCGUGAAGGAAGGGAUUUUACAUACAGCAGUGAGGCAUUUCCAAAUGGUUGGUGUAAAGUAUUACUAACCUAGAGGUCCAUUCUGGCCUACGGUGUGAAUCAUCAAGGAGAAGUGGAGGUCUCAUGCUCACCCUUCCGUCAUAUUGAUAAUUUGAUUUCUUUGGCUCAAAGUGGAUUAAAGUCUUCAUUACAAAAGGAAAAAAAAAAA